CCGCUGCGCGGCCCCGGGGCGCGGCCUGGGUCCCGCCUCUGCGCGGCGCUGCCCCAUAUAUGCGGCGGCGGCGGCCGCCAGCGGCAGCUCCCUCAGCGCGCCCAGGAUGCUGCGUGCCGCCGCCCCGCCACGGGCACUGCUGCUCGGCGCGCUGCUCUGGCCCCUGGCCGCCGGCUAUAAGGACCUACCAACAGCAGUCAAUAUAACUUGGUCUUCAAUCAAUUUUAAAACUAUACUACAGUGGCAACCAAAACCAUCAGGCUACUUCUAUACUGUAGAAAUACAUGGACAGACAUCUGACGUGAGAAGAAAAUGCAUACAGACAUCAGAAACAGAGUGUGAUGUUACUGAUGCGCUCAGGAAUGUAAAGGAGACCUAUACAGCACACAUACUGUCUGUAAAGCCUGCGGAGAUGGAUAACUUUGAAGAGCCACCUUUUGAAGUCUCUGAAAAAUUUACACCUUAUAGCCAGACUGUUAUUGGAAAACCAGAGAUAAAGGAUUAUUCACAAAAAGGUUCCAAACUGAAUGUCGUGUUCAAAGAUCCGCUUACACCAUAUAUAUUUCCUAAUGGAAGCUUUAUGAGUAUUCAAGAUAUUUUCCAGCAUGACCUGGAAUACAAACUCUAUUACUGGAAAGAUCAAAGUUCUGGAAAGAAAGAUGUAACAACAAAAAGCCAUAAUUUUGAAGUAAGUGUUGACAGUGGAAAGAACUAUUGCUUCUAUGUCCAGGGAAUCAUUCCCUCUCGCAGAGAAAAUCGUAAUGGCCAAGAAAGCAGGGUGCUCUGCACCAGUGUAGGAAGGAAUAUCUUAGAUGAAUAUGGAACAGAAGUCUUUAUCAUCUUAGCAGUGAUAGCAGUUGCAGUCAUCACUCUCGCCGUUGUCCUUCCCGUGGUUCUGUGUAAACGCAAGAAAGCAAAGAGAGCAAGAGCUGAGAGAGAAAAGGAGCUGCUUAAUGGUAUCUAAGGAAAAAGUACUGCAAACACUAGUGGCAGAGCCAAAGCAGAAAAAACCCCAACUGUAGGAGUGACGGGGGUAGCACGGUCAGGACGGACAGAGACAAGAGAUCUCUGAAGCCAGGUUGUGGAACUUGCUGUUCAUUGCAAAGGGCCUGGGUGCAGGGCCCUGCUGGGAGCUGCCAGCUGCAGCUCAGAGCAGGCCUGAGAGAAGAGAGGGGUAGAGAGGAUGAGAGGGUAAGAGAGUGAAAGCAUAAAAGGGGUAAGAGCUAAGAGCUAAGAGUAAGAGUACAGAAAGUAAGUAAGUGAAGCUCCCGUUAAAAUAUAAUAAAUCAUCUUCUGUGUUGAAUAUCCUG